UAGCGCUAAGCGUAAACCUCUCUUAACUAAAAUCGCGAAAUGUCGCCAUCACCAUUAUCGGUGCCGCAACCGGCGUUAGCCGCAGUUGAUACCCGCUCAUUUCUCAAACUUCAUUGGACGUGCUUCAAGGUGCUCGGUAUUAACGCGUCCAACUCCAGCAUCUAUUAUCUCGGCUAUUCGGUGCUGCUGCAGGUGUUCGUUACCUUCUGCUAUCCACUGCAUCUCGCCUUGGCACUCUUCAGUAGUGCUGAUGCCUCGACCAAUAUACAGAACCUCGCCGUGUGUGUCGUCUGUGUGGUUUGCAGUGCGAAAUUUGUCAUCUACGCCACGAGAAUGUCGCGCAUACGUGAGUUGGAGUACAUCAUUGCUACGUUGGAUGCACGUGCCCAGAGUCCGUGUGAGCGUCGUUAUUUCGUAGAGUUACGUCAAGAAAUACGUCGCAUUACCCUCGGCUUUCUUAGUAUUUAUGCUGUUGUGGGCGUGACGGCGGAGCUGAUGUUUUUCUUUCGGAAUGAGCGUAAUUUGCUCUAUCCGGCUUGGUUCCCGUUCGACUGGCGUGCAUCGGAUUUAAAGUUCUAUGCAGCGCAUUUUUAUCAAAUUGUUGGCAUCUCCUAUCUAUUGCUACAAAAUUUCGUUAACGAUUGCUUGCCGACUAUGGCUUUGGCACUGCUGUCGGCACACAUCAAAUUGCUGGGUAUUAGAGUUUCGCAGAUCGGUUACGCGACGGAGAGUCCCGCUGCCAAUGAGGAGGAGCUGUUGUGUUGCAUCAAAGACCAAGAGCAGCUCUAUAACAUGCUCAAUGUCAUUCAAAAUAUCAUCUCGCUGCCGAUGUUUCUACAGUUCACCGUUACAGCUGUCAACAUAUGCCUACCUGUGGCUGCAUUACUACUCUAUGUGGAUGCACCGUUCGAUCGCUUGUACUUUGUGGUAUAUUUGCUCGCGGUGCCGUUGGAAAUCUUUCCCAUCUGUUACUAUGGCACAACAUUUCAAUUACUUUUCGAUAAGCUGCACGUUGAGAUGUUCUGCAGCAACUGGGUGGAGCAGACGCACAAAUUUCGCAAACAUAUGGUACUAUUCUGUGAGCGUUCGUUGAAGAGUGAAACAGCCACGGCCGGUGGUAUCAUACGCAUUCAUCUGGAUACUUUCGUCUCCAUCUGUAAGACAGCUUACUCCCUGUUGGCUGUCAUAAUGAAGAUGAAUGAAUAAACCAACAAGUACCUGGUGAACGGAAUUUCUGCAUAUGAGCUUAUGCUUCUUCUAUAAACAUACAUAUGUAUACUAGGUUUAUGUACUAUAGCUGUAGUGUGAUAUCUAUGAGAUCUAUCAGAAUUUUUGUAUGCACAACAUUCUUUGAGCAAAAUAAAUUUAUGAAAAUGAAAAA